CGCGACGGUUGAUUGGCGGCUACUGCUGCUGAUUCGCUGCCGGCGCUCUUUCCCGCGCGUGCGCAGCUGUCUGUCUCGCUCUUGCCUGGGGUUGCUGCUGCUCCCCGUCACCUUAGUUUCGGCUGCCGGGGCUGCGAUCUACCUCGGCGCGAGCAUGGUGGGGUCGAGUAGCGCCAUGCAAGGCCCCGUCCGGCUGCACGAGCUGCUGCUGCAAGCCACUGCCGCGGGAGCGGAGGGGGCGAGCAGCGCCGCGGCCAGCGCCGCCCCGCCUAACUCCGGCAGCGGCAGCGGCCCCGGCACCGGGGUAGUUGCCCCGGGGGAGGACGAGGAGGUGUGCGUGGUGGGCAUCUUCGGCAAGACGGCGCUGCAGCUCAGCUGGGAGAAGGCGGCCCUGGUCAACACCGUCUGCGACAGGCAGGUCUUCCCGCUCUUCCCGCGGGAGGGCGAGCCCGGGACUCCCCCCGCCGCUGCUGCCACCGCCACCCCUGCUGCCUCCGCUGCAGCCCCGGGGGAGGGCCCCGAUCCGGGGGAAGCCGCCUCUCCCCCUCCCCCCGCUUCGCCCUCCCCCUCCUCUUCUUCCUCCCACUCCUCCUCUUCUUCCGCCUCCUCCUGCUCCUCUUCCUCUUCCUCCUCCUCCUCGCAGGCGGACUACAACCUGCUGCAGGCCUACUACAGCCAGGAGUGCAAGGUGCUGUACCUGGUGCUGAGCUCCAUCUGUGACAGCCGGGAGCUGCUGCGGGCCUGCCAGGAGCUGGAGGCCCUGGGGGGCGCCCCGCUGCCCCCCCACGCCGAGGCCCACGCCUUCUGGAAGCAGCAGGAGAAGCGCCACUGCCUGCGGCUGCUCUACCUCUUCUCCGUCUGCCACGUGCUGCUGCUGGCCCACCCCACCUGCUCCUUCGACGUCACCUACGACCGGGUCUUCCGGGCCCUGGACGGGCUGCGGCAGAAGGUCCUGCCCUCCCUGCGGGCCGCCAUCAAGGACUGCCCCGUCGGCAAGGACUGGAAGCUCAACUGCCGGCCCUGCCCGCCCCGCCUCCUCUUCCUCUUCCAGCUCAACGGGGCCCUCAAGGUGGAGCCCCCACCCAGCCGGGGGGGCCUGGAUGCCGGCUGCGGUGGUCCCCCGGAGAAGCCGCCCCCCAAGAAGCAUUCCCCCAAGCGCCGCCUCCAGCACGCCCUGGAGGACCAGAUCUACCGCAUCUUCCGCAAGAGCCGGGUCCUCACCAACCAGAGCGUCAACUGCCUCUUCACCGUCCCGGCCAACCAGGCCUUUGUCUACAUCGUGGCCGGCGGGCCACAGGGGGGCGACGACCCCAUCGCCACCCUGCUGGACCAGCUGCGCGGAGCCUGCACCGCCCGGGAGGCGGAGGCGGCCUCGCUGGGCCUGGCCGGACCCCGCCGCUACCAGCUGAUGAGGCCCGGCCGGCCGCCGCUCUCCUUCCAGGCGGAGAGCGGCCACGGCGGCGCCGGGGGGUCCUCCUCGGGCCAGCUGGUGGACUGCACCCUGCGGGAGUUCCUCUUCCAGCACGUCGAGCUGGUCCUGGGCAAGAAGGGCUUUGACGACAGCGUGGGCCGCAACCCCCAGCCCUCCCACUUUGAGCUGCCCACCUACCAGAAGUGGGUGGCCACGGCCCUGAAGCUCUACGAGGUGGCCGUGGAGGGCAAGGAGAGCGACCCGGCCUCCCUGGCGGGCGAGCUGACCUCCAAGAUCCUGGGCAGCGUCAAGGUCCUGGAGGGCUACCUGGACAUCGACACCAAGUUCUCGGAGAACCGCUGCCAGAAGGCCCUGCCCCUGGCCCACAGCGCCUACCAGUCCAACCUGCCCCACAACUACACCAUGACGGUCCACAAGAACCAGCUGGCCCAGGCCCUGCGGGUCUACAGCCAGCAUGCCCGGGGGCCGGCCUUCCACAAGUACGCCCUGCAGCUUCACGAGGACUGCUACAAGUUCUGGAGCAACGGGCACCAGCUGUGCGAAGAGAGGAGCCUGACCGACCAGCACUGCGUCCACAAGUUCCACCUGCUCCCCAAAGCCGGUGAAAAACCAGAACCCGAUCGGAACCCUCCGGUGUUAUACCACAACAGCCGGGCCCGCUCCACUGGCGCCUGCAACUGUGGGAGGAAACAAGCCCCCCGGGAUGACCCCUUUGACAUCAAAGCCGCCAACUAUGAUUUCUAUCAGCUGCUAGAAGAGAAAUGCUGUGGGAAGCUGGACCAUAUCAACUUCCCCAUCUUCCAGCCCAGCACGCCAGACCCCGCGCCUGCCAAGAACGAGACCUCUCCCAGCCCUCCGGAAGGAGAAGCGGAGAAGCUGAAGGAAAAAGAGCCGCAGACUCAGGGAGAGAGCACCAGCCUCAGCUUAGCUCUCAGCUUGGGCCAGUCCACAGACAGCCUGGGGACCUAUCCUGCUGAUCCACAGGGUGGAGGGAACAAUGCCGAGGCUCAUGGGCAGGUGACGGACUCCAAAGGGGAGAAGAGGCCCAGCCUGGUCGACCGCCAAGCCUCGACGGUGGAGUAUCUCCCUGGGAUGCUGCACUCGAAUUGCCCCAAGGGUCUCCUGCCCAAGUUUUCCAGUUGGUCCCUGGUGAAACUGGGCCCCGCCAAAGCCUACAACUUCCACACCGGCUUGGACCAGCAGGGCUUCAUUCUGGGCACAAACUACUUGAUGCCCUGGGACAUCGUGAUCCGGACGCGGACGGAGGAGGAGGGCGACCUCGACACAAAUUCCUGGCCGGCCCCCAACAAGGCCAUCCCCGGGAAACGGAGCGCCGUCGUCAUGGGCCGGGGGCGGCGGAGGGACGACGUGGCCCGGGCCUUUGUGGGCUUCGAGUAUGAGGACGCCCGCGGCCGGCGGUUCAUGUGCUCGGGGCCCGAGAAGAUCAUGAAGGUGAUGGGCGGGGGCCCCAAGGAAUCGGCCCUCAAGGCGCUAAACUCCGACAUGCCCCUCUAUAUCCUCUCCUCGAAUCCGGGCCGAGGGCUGAAGCCCCACUACGCCCAGCUGAUGCGGCUCUUUGUGGUGGUGCCCGACGCCCCGCUCCAGAUCACCAUGACACCCCAGGUCCAGCCAGGGCCGCCUCCCUGCCCCGUAUUUUACCCUGAGAAGCAAGAGAUCACCCUCCCUCCUGACGGGCUGUGGGUCCUGCGCUUUCCUUACGCCUACGUGACGGAGCGGGGACCCUGCUUCCCUCCAAAGGAGAACCAGCAGCUGAUGACUCACAAGGUCCUCCGCGGAGUCCUGAAGGCCGUGAUACAGUAGCUGGAUGUCCAAGUCUGAGCUGGCUUUUGGGGACGUGUGUGUUCUGUCCUCGUCCUCCUCACCCCCUCGCGGCCUCAAUGAUGGGUUUUGAUUCCUAAACGCCGGGAUUUCCUUGUUGAUUCCUAGCAGCUGGAGUUUGGAGAGAGUAAUCACUGCUUUGAUUGUGGGAGGCCAACGCACUCACGGGCCCCGUUUUGGGACGAUGGGCAUGCCAAGUCCUCUUCAAGAUGCAGGGGUGAUCAGAAAGGUGUGGUUGUUCGUGCCGGGGUUAAGGUCUGGCUUUCGAAAGGUCUGUGGAGUGGAGCGAGGACUGAGACGUGGGUUGGCUUCUCCACGAUUAAACCAUCACAGUUCCAUAUUAUGUGCAUUUGAGAGAGAGAGAGGAGAGGUGGUCUGGAAGACUGCGGUGGAGUAGGCUCUGGAUACCAGCAGGAUGCAGCCCACCUCAGGACAUUAUGCCCCAAUGAAAGGUGGAAGCCAAGAUGUUUCAUUAAAUAAUGUUACACUUCUUUGUCCUUCA